GCCGAGCAGUUUAUUCAGAAAGGUGGUUUGAGUUACGUCCUCGAAUUGAUAUCGCUUCCAGAAUUUUCCAGCCAGUGUUGUGCGAUUCUCGAAAUCGCAAUAAUAGUGGAAAUAUACAAACUAAUGAAAGAGAACGCUGAGCUAACGUAUUUUCGUGAAAUGAAUUCGCUAGCAUCCGUACAGAUGCUUUUCAAAUCUCUCUCUGAAGUGACGGAUAAAUGUUGCCUCGCAUACAAAACAAAACUACCCGCAGAAAAGUUUCAAGAGCUCUGUGACAUAAACAAGGAGAGGGAAAUGCUUUCCUUAGUUGCCAAAACGACGGAAUACAUGAGGCCUUCAGUGCCAGUAAUAAAGCCUUUAUAUUCGGAUAAUAAAUUGGAAGACAAGAAGGAAGAUGACGUGGAAGUAUUGAAGAAUGUUCUGACGUUUUGGAAGUCGUGUGCUGGACUGUGUCUACACAGUCCAAUGUUUAGAGAAUACACUGUUAGCGAGGCGGUGUUCACUGAAAGCUAUGCUUUGCUGAAAGUUCUGCUUCAUGUGGUGUGUAAUAGUGAGCCGCCAGCUGUGGAAAGCAGACUGCUUAUCAAGAUCAUGGAAGCAUUAUUGACCGUCCAGUUUUCUGUCUCGGAUGCGACAUCAGGCCGCUCAAAAGAAACAAGCUGCUACGUAGUACGAAGCGCGCUCAGCGAACACGCGAGCGGAGCGGGCGCGUGGCCUGGCGCGGCGGGCGGGCUGCGGGCGCUGUGCGACGCGCUGAUUGGCGUAGCGGUGGCACGGCCUAGCGCGGCCAGACCGAACUUUACACCUUGCAAGGUGCCGUCACUAUCGUACGGGUCAUCCAGCACUUCUACUGAAUACUCCUCUAGUGAAGACAGUUUUUGUGGGCCCUACCUCGAGCCCAGCGAACUCAGUGAACCCCACGAGAGACCAGACGACGGGUAUGAGGCAGAUGUAGAGUUGGGAAAACUAGAAGCGACCAAGAUGUUCAAAUCACGAAAACUCUCUGACUCUUCUAUAUUCAGCUAUGUGUCAGGUGACAAAUGUAUAGAAGCGAUCAGCAAAGAAUGCCCAGAAUACAACAGGAACGGCGAGAUGACGCAUCCAGAGCUUUGUGUCAUCGUCGUCGAUAUACUUGCGCAGUUAAUAGAUAAGUUACUAGAAGAAGAAGACAACAAAGAGAAGGACGGCACUGGGGUCGGCUUUGCGGCGAGCGGCGAGGAGAUAGAACGCGUGUGCGGCAGCGUGGCGCGCGCUUGUGUCGCGCGGCUCGGCUGCGGCGCCGCUCCGCCGCGCCUGCUGCACCGCCUGCUGGCGCCGCGCGCGCCCGCCGCCAGGCUGCUGGCGCGCAGCACGGACACGCACGCCGAGCUGCAGCGCAGCAUCAUCGAGCUGAUCGUGGUGCUGGGCGCGCAGAGCAUGGAGGCGUGCGAGCUGGCGGCGCUGCUGCGGCUGGCGAGCGAGGAGCGCGCGGCGCUGGGCCCGCUCGUGCGCGCGCUGGCCCGCCUCGCCGCGCCGCACGCGCAGCACGCGCAGCACGCGCAGCCAGACUGCGAGCUGCAGCUCUACCACACUGGCGUGGAAGAACCAUUAUACGAAGAAGUUACAGGCGGAGCGGUCAACCAACAAGCUGAAACUUUUGCAAGACGCGUGCGUUACAGACAUAGGCGAGCUGGUAUAGUAUCCCCAUGGAGUGUGGGUGCAGUACGUUGCAGUCUGGAGACAGCGGGUUGGGCGCCCUGGCUGCAGGGGUUCGGUCUGCUCAUGUGGCUUGCCGUCACUCCGCAUAAAGAAGAAAAAGUCGAGUGGCAAGACGAUCCGCCCGAUCCGCCCAAAACGAAACACAAAGAGUCCAACGCUGUUCCCAAUGACCUUAUACAUGUGUUUAGUGUGGGACACGACUCGCUUGUGUUUGAAAUGUGGGUCAAUCCUAAUAAUGGCGAGCUAACAUUGAAACUAACUCGACCGGAGGACGAAGUGAACCGCGUGCUGAGCGCGGGCACGACGCGGUGCGCGCUGCCGCCGCGCUGGGCCUGCCUCGCGCUCGACGUGGCCGAGCGGCUCGACCGCCGGCACAUCUGCAUACAGGUUACAGUGUACAUAAACGGACGUGAAUGCGAAGUUUUAUCACUGCCACUACAAGGUAUCCUAGUCCGCAAAGUGACCCCCACCAACGUGGUGCUAGGCGAAGUCCGUACAACGGGGCGGGCUCGCGGCGGGCUGCGUGUGUCCAGCAUGCGGCUGUACCGCGCGCCCGUGCUGGCGCCGCCCGCCGCGCUGCAUCUCGCCGCGCACGGGCCUGACACGCCCUGCCAGCCCCGCUGUGAAUCAGCGAACUAUGCAUCCAUUAUCACACCGGAACUCUUAGAUAUGAAUAUUGAUUGGGAUCAGGUGUACGAGAUAUCAAGCAAUACAUUACGGGAGAUAAACGACAAUCUGCUGCUACUGUUUUCGGCAAAUGCACCGGAUAUAAUGAACUUGUACCAGCCCCCCGCAGCGACACCUACUGUUUUCGGCGGUCGCGCAGUGGGCGGUCGCGCGCUGUGCAGCAGCGGCGUGCCGGAGCCGCAGCGCUGCGUGUGGGCGGCGCGGCCUCGCUCGCUCGCCAACCACAACCUGCACAACGCGCUGCUCUCGCUCGGCGGGCCCGAGCUGCUGCUCUUCCUGUACGCACGGACGGUGGAAGCAGGUUGCAGCGCCGCAGAGCAAGCCCGCGCGCUGGGCUGCGCGCUGCGGGCGGGCGGCGAGGCGCGCCUGCACCCGGCCGCGCGCUCGCCCGACCACCUGCACAUGCUGCUGCCCGUGUUCGCCUGCCCUGCUGCUUGUCUUGGCGCUCAUCUCGUGCAGGUGAUAAUCCGUGAAGCGUGCGACCGUUCAGUAAUAGACGUGAGCGGUGGUACCGUGCGAGUGGACUGCGGCACUUCAGCCGUCAUACUGGAGCCGUGCCUGCUGCUGCUGCUGCUUCACGCCUCGCGGUACUUGGACGCGCAGCCGGAAAUACAAUGGGAAGAAAUCGACCUGAGCGCUGAGAACGAUCACGAAGACGAAGGCGUGGGUAAACGGCAGCGAGGCGAAGCGUCAAGUGGGUCAUCUUGGAGUUUAGCGUUAUCAGCAUUAGCUGCGUUGUUGAGACCAACGCAUCCAAGACGCAGCUUCAAUGCGUACCAGGCGGCUAGGGUGCCGCUACUUAACCAUUUGUUGCUGGCUUGUAAGGAACGCUUCCUGAACUCAGAUGCUUCGGCGCUGUCGGAGCGCAGCAGCAGCACGCUGGUGCGGCUGGUGCGCGCGCUGCUCGACGCGCCGCCGCUGCUCGCCAACAUCGCGCUCAUCGCCGACUUCCUGCUGCUCAUGCACCAGGCAAGCGAAACGUUCAUAACGCACUCGCGCGCGAACUUCUACUUCCUGGUGACGUCAGAGACGCCGGACAGCAGCGAGUUCAACCUGCUGCAGCUGCUCCGCAAGCGCAAGCAGCCCGUGCGCUGGCGCAGCCGCGACGCGAUCGACAAGUCCAGCUCGUCCAGCGCGUCCAACGACGACCGCGACACGGACGGCGAGAGGACCGAUCUGGACCACUCCAAGCAGAUCAAGUCCAUUGUCAACUCGAGGAUUAAGGAAAACCGGAGUAGUAUCUCCUCUACGUCAGAAUACUCAGAUGCCACUACAGCGGAGGUGGGUGGCAGUGACGGGGGAGGGGAAAGGAUUGAAAACGGAGACGCAGAUCCUCUGAAGGAGUACGUUGUUAUCGAUUCUGAGGAAGUCGGACAGACCAACGUUGACAUGUACGCGGAUAGCUUGUAUCAACAGCGUUCAGUCCGCGCAGGCGCAGAGCCGGGUUGGAGCGCGUGUUCAGGGCUGCUGCUGUUGCUGCGCGACACCGUGCUGCAACUGCCGCAACAUUUGUUGCCACAGGCGAUAGGCGGCGCGAUCCAGCCGGAACAAGUGGCAGUGCUCGCGAACCACCGCAGUGCGCACGUGCGCGCGGGCGUAGUGCGCGUGGCGGCCGCGCUGCAGCGCCGCCUGCCCGCCGCCACACAGCACCUCUACGUGCACCUUGCUAACCAGAUCUCUAUGUACGAGGGCUCUUGGGAGUUAGCAGAGGCGUGUACCGCGCUGCUCACAGGACAAGACUUGCCACUUGAAGACCAAAUUGAUGAAGAAGUAUGGUCCCACGUGGACGAAACCUGGUGUCCCCGUUCAGCCCCACUACUGGGCGUGUUGCCGGCCUGCCUCGCGGACGUGCCACUAGCACACAAUAUUAUUGCUGUACUGCGCAGACUUGUUGAUAAGUCAACAGUGAAAGCGCUAUACGAAGUGGCGCUCACAGAAGUGGUGGUGCGUUGUAUCAGCGCGGUGGGGGGGAGUGGUGGGAGUGGGAUAGCUGGUGGGGAGGGGAGGGAGCUGCUGCUGGAGGACCUGCAGGAUCUGCUCGUCAGGUUCGCAUUGAGAGUGCUUGCGGGGAACCAUAGCACGCAGAUAAUAGUAGACAUGCACCACCUCCUAAGUUACAUAGAGCGUGGUGGCAACGGGGACUCCGUGCCCACGACCGUGCAAGAGGAGGGCGAAGGCCCAAGCGAAGAGGGCGUAGCGCAAGCUGCCAGGAAUGCACAGGUGGCGCUAUAUAUCGCCCAGUUGGAUCAUUUGGAAGCCAGGUUGCAUCAGAUCCAUGUUAGUGCGGCUGAUAAGAUCGCUGGGUAUUUUAGUAAUGUGUUAUCGUCAUCAACGGAGCGUGGUGAGCGCGGUGAGGUAGCGUCCCGGCACGGCGCGGUGGUGUCCCGCGCGGCCGCCUUCCUGCUGGCGAGGUCGCCGCGCAAGCCGCUCGCGCGGGAGGACGCGCUGCUGUUCCGCCUGCUCGACACGCUGCUGCUCGGUGUGAACGGGGGCGGCGGGCGGGCGCGCUGGCGCUGGGGCGGCGGUGCGGAGUGGGCGGCGCUGCUGGGCGAGGUGUUCUGGUGGGCGGCCAGCCCCGCGCCCGGCGUGCGCGCGCUGCAGCCGCGCCUGCUGCGGGCGCUCUACUGCGCGCCGCCCAGCGUCAGGGACGCGCUCGCGCCCAAAGAUCCUUCGCACAUGCGUAAGCUGUCCGUGUACCUGCUGACAAUGAUCCGGCACAUCCACCUGGCCGCAGAGGGCGCGCAGGCGGAGCCGCUGGAGCUGGCCAUCACGGACUGGGCGCGCGACUGGGCCGUGGGCUCGCAGGCCGAGCUGGCGGAGCGCCCGCUGCCGGCGGAGGCCGAGCGCCUGCUGCGCGCCGACGAGCUGCGCUGGGCGCGCGCGCACGGGCCCGGCGCGCACGCCGCGCACCUUGCUAAGGCAGUGUUCAGUCGUUCAACACUCGCUACCCGCGUGUGCGAGACAGCAAUGGCGGCGACACGGCGUGUAGUCGACGCGCAGAACGCUGAGCGCAAAGCGUUCCUCGACCACCUGCGGGAUACACACGCCCGCAUGGCGCGUGCGCACACGCGGUGGGCACGCACCAUCGAUGCGCAUACUCAUGAGCGAGGCGUGUGGCACCGCGCGCGCGGCUACCCGCAGGCGUGGGCGCUGGACGGCGCGGAGGGGCCGGGCCGCGUGCGGCUGCGGCUGCGGCGCGCGCACCUGCGCCUGCCGCCCGACAAGCUGCAGCCCGCGCACCGAUACAAGUCCGAGAACGCCAAGUACCCGCCCCCGCUGCAGUCGGUGCUGGGCGGCGGCACGUGGCGCGGCGCGCGGCUGCAGCGCGGCGAGGCGGUGGCGCACAUGGCGCGCGCGCUGCGCGUGGGCGUGGCGGCCGAGGAGGGGGGCGAGCUGCUGCUCACCGACCGCGCCAUCCACUUCGUGCCCGACGCGGGCGACGGCCUCGCCUGGCCCGCGCACAGCGUGUACGCCGCCGCCACGCGCCGCUGGUGCCUGCAGGAGCGCGCCGUCGAGGUGUUUGUCCGACCGUCUCACGCAUACCUCCUCGCGUUCGAGACGCCGGCCGACCGCACCGCGUUCCUCACGCAACUGGCAAGGUUACACCCGCACAUCAAAACUGAACCCGAAAGCCUAACAGAAGCGAUGAACCAAUGGCGCAACGGACAAAUCACAAACUGGGAGUACCUCAUGAUCCUCAACGGUCUCGCGGGUCGCUCCUACAACGACCUGAUGCAGUACCCGGUGAUGCCCUUCGUGCUCGCGGACUACACGUCCAAGAUCCUGGACCUUACGGACCCGGCGUCCUUCCGGGACCUGAGCAAGCCCAUGGCGGUGCAGAAUAAAAAUAGGGAACAGCACUAUAUCAAUACGUAUAAUGACCUUAAAGCAGCGCGUCGUACAGGUUGCAGUCCGCUACUAUCGCGACAGCCGCACCACUACGCAUCACUUUACUCAAACUCAGGCGGUGUACUUCACUAUUUAGUGAGAGUGCCGCCCUUUACGGAACAGUUCCUUAAUUAUCAAGACAACAACUUCGACAUGCCGGACCGCACGUUCCACUCGCUGGCGACCACGUGGCGGCUCAUCACCAACGACUCGCCGACCGACGUCAAGGAGCUCAUACCGGAGCUGUACUAUCUGCCCGAGCUGUUUUAUAAUAACGAAGGGCUGGAGCUGGGCGUGCGGCAGUGCGGGCUGCGCGUGGACAGCGUGCAGCUGCCGCGCUGGGCGGCGGACGCGCGGCUGUUCACGCUGCUGCACCGCCAGGCGCUGGAGGCGCCGCUCGUGGCGGAGCGCCUGCCGCACUGGCUCGACCUCGUGUUCGGCUACAAGCAGACCGGCCAGCCCGCCGUCGACGCGCUCAACGUGUUCCCGGCCUGCACAUACUACGGGUUCGACCCGGCGGCGCUCGAGGACGAGGUGGACCGCACGGCGGCAGAAGCAAUGGUGCGCACGUACGGGCAGGCGCCGCGCCAGCUGCUGCGCGCGCCGCACCCGCACCGCGCGCCCGACCUCGCGCCCGCGCACCACACGCAGCUGGGCACGUCGGUGUACGCGGGCGCGGUGGGCGUGCGCUGGGGGCGCUACUGCGGGUCGCCGGCGCGGCCGCCCGCGCGCGUGGCGCUGCGCCGCACGCACGCGUCUGCGCACGCGCUGCUGGCCCUGCCCAACGCGCGGGCUGUGGCCGUCUGCGCGCAACAUUCUGCGCUCAUGCCUGUGCACGAUGAACCGAUAGCGACUGGAUCGGGCGCAGCAGGGGCAAAGGGAGCAAAUACAACAUCCAACGCAACGAGUCCCAGCGUAGGACUGGUGACGUGGGGGCACGGAGACGGAGCAGUCAGACUGCGACGACGACGAGAUCUGCCCCCGGAUAUACUGUUCCAAACACCUCCAACUGAACAGAUAAGGUGCGUGUGCACGUGGCAGGCGGGGCGCUGGGGGCUGGCGCUGGGGCUGGCGGGCGGCGGCGUGGCGGUGCUGCGCGCCGAGAGCCGCGCGGGCGUGCUGCGCGUGCGCACGCGCCGCCUGCACGCGCACUGCGCGCCGCUCGCGCACGUGGCCGCCGCGCCGCCCGCCUCGCUGCUCGCCACCGCCAGCACCGAUGGCCUCAUCGUGCUAUGGGAUCUGCACGAAUUGACAUACAUCCGAACGCUACCUAACCGAGACAUGUUACGCGUGAGCCUAGUGGCCAUCAGCCCCACACUGAGCGACGUGGCGAGUGUGCACGAGCCGCACUCGCACACAGACAACACGCACGCACACAGUGACGUGCUCAACACGCACGCACACAGCGAUGUGCGUAACAACGGACACACGGACGCACACGCAGACACGCCCGCAGACAGCGACGCACUUGACUAUGAAAACGAUGACACGUAUAAAUACAAGUCGUUGAUACGGGUGCACACUGUUAAUGGACGGUUUGUUGGCAGCGUAAAAGUAGCGGAGACAGUGCGGUGCGUGACGUACUCGGGCUGCGCGGAGGGCACGAGCGUGAACUGCGUGGGCGUGGGCCUGCGCUCGGGCGGCGUGCGGCUGUACUCCGCGUGGGACCUGCGCCCACUGGCCCACCUGCCGCCGCCGCACCCCGCGCCCGCACCCGCACCGCCCCUCACCCCCGCCACACCCGCAACCAACGAAGACACGCCCCGGGACACUCUAUGCAUAACAUACAGCCACGACAACGAGAUCCUAUUCGCUAGCUACGCGGACGGCACGGUGGCCGCGUGGGAGAGCACCGAGCCCGCCGCGAGACCCGCGCCUCUGCGCAUACUGCCUGCGCAUGCGCUGCUUUAAUACACACACACACACACAGACACACAAAUAAAUACACAGAACUCACUCACUCACCAAAACACAACACUAUAACUCUACCACACACCCACAAACAGACAAAUACACAAACACACAGAACUCACACACUCACUAAAACAUAACACUAUAAAUCCACCACACAUACCACCUACACUUACAGCACCAAAACAAACUUCUCUCCCCCUAUCUAUCCCCAACCGUUUCUAUAAUUAAUAAUUUACGAUUUUCUCAAAGUAAUGGGAUACAAUACACUAAUGCCUAUAAUAAACACAAUUGAAAUCAUUUUACAUAUUGACACAACAUUUUGAAUUCAACACAAUGUGGUCUCACAUACAUAUAGAAACAAAAAAUGGCAGCUUUAUGACAUGAGCAGAACAAAAUAAAAUAUUAUGUACAUCAUAGAUGCCAAAUGUGAAGAAAUUUUAUUAUUUUAACAAAUGAUAUUAAACCAGUCGACUCAUCGGAUGUAUAUGUAAGUUAGAAUGGAUGCUUAGAUAUAAGAUACUCUAAUUCCUUGCCUAUGUAUAAAAGCAAUAAGCGUAUGGAGUCUUCCUGAAAACAUAUUUAUGUAUAAUAAUUUAUAAUGAAUAAUAGAUUAAAGUUUUAUUGUGAAUCUGUACAUAAUUUAGAUUAAAUUUUAUAUUUUAAUACAGAGGCAUUAAUAUACGUAAAAUGAAGUAAUUUUAGAACAUUCCACUAUUUUAUUGCUCAAUAAAAUCAUUAUAAUGUUUUAAAAAAUUCAGUAUUUACAAGACACAAUGUAGAUUAUUUUUAGAAAAAAGUUCCGUAUAUUGAAAUGAAUUGUUUUGUAGUAAUUUACAUCCUUAAAUUUAAAUUAUAUUGUAUACUUUAAUAAAUGAUAAUUACUCCUAAAAUUAUUGUCUAAAAGACUUUGUAACUGGCAGCAAUAUAAGUGUGCUAUGUAUAUCAUUAAGGUUGUUUACAGUUGGAAUGAUUGUUAAAGAUAAAUAAAAACGUGAAAAUAA